ACACACUUUCGACAACUUCAAUUCACUGCGACACCGUGUAACUUUGUGCUCACUGCCACUUCAACCAUUGUCGCAAACUUACAUCAAUCAACCUACCUAUAACUUCCUACUUUUCUCCACACCGUGGAAAGAUCGUCACGAUGGUGAAGGAGACGAAGUUAUAUGAUCAGCUCGGCGUCAAGCCGGAUGCUUCACAAGACGAGAUCAAGAAGGGAUAUCGCCUAGUGAGAAAAACCGCGCUAAAAUGGCAUCCGGACAAGAACAAAGACAAUCCCGAUGCGAGCGAGAAAUUCAAGGAAUGCUCCCAAGCCUACGAAAUUCUGUCCGACCCUGAAAAGCGCAAGGUGUAUGACCAGUUUGGCCUUGAGUUCCUGUUGCGGGGCGGUUCGGCUGCUCCGCCGGGUGAGAACCCCUUUGCCGGCGGCGGUCCAGGUGGUAUGCCUGGUGGCUUUGAGGGCUUCGGUUUUGGCAGUGGCAUGCCGGGCGGUGGAGAAAGAACCUACCACUUCAGCACAGGCGGAGGAGGUGGCGGCGGUGGCUUCAACUUCAGCAAUGCGGAAAACAUAUUUGCCGAAUUCAUGCGGAAUGGCGGAAGUGGCGGCGGUGUCGGCGGACUGGACAGCGAAGAUAUCGCCGGUAUCUUUGGUGGCAUGGGCCCAAUGCCGCGGUCAGCAGGCGGAUCAGCACGCUCCAGUCGUAUGCGCAGUAGCACGGGAUUUGGUGGCCCUGACCCGUUCCGUAGCAGUGCGCGCGAGGCAACCCCCGAAGUCACCACGGUAGAACGCGGAUUACCGCUCACGCUGGAAGAGCUGUUCAACGGCGUCACAAAGAAGAUGAAGAUUAAGCGUAAAACGUUCGAUGACAGCGGAAAGCGUACUACCAGCGAUCAAGUGCUGGAGGUGCCCAUCAAGCCCGGCUUGAAGAAGGGUAGCAAGAUUAAGUUUAAGGGUGUGGGAGACCAGGAAGAGGGCGGCAAGCAGGAUUUGCACUUCAUAGUAGAAGAGAAAAAACAUCCUCUUUACGUCCGCGAUGGCGAUGAUUUGAUCCACACCAUGGACCUCCCUCUGAAGGAGGCGUUGACGGGCUGGAAACGUACCGUGACGACGAUUGACGGCAGGCAACUCACCAUCGAUAAGGGGGGCCCCACUGCACCAGGCAGUUCGGAUACAUAUCCGAGUCUAGGCAUGCCGAUUUCCAAAAAGCCCGGUGAGAGAGGCAACUUCAUCAUCAAGUAUAACGUCAAAUUCCCCACGACUUUGACAGCGCAGCAAAAGACAGAACUCAAGAGGAUCCUAUAGAGGACAGCAUUUGAGUAUGAGGCAGUUUGGCGUUUUACUGGAUGGAAGGCGUUGUGGUUGACCACUUUCGACACGAAGGGACGAGGACAUGAUUUAUCGUUUGACGUGAGGUAAUACAAAAAAGCCUACCAAUGAUGUGAAGGUGAUACCUCACUUGGCAUAAGGUCAAGUAUGAGGUUUGUAGGUGAAUACUUGCGAACGAUGACUGGAUGUAUAGAUUCGUAGGCAAUACGGAUAGGUCUAUAAUGACGGCAUUCCCACCAUUUUCUAGAUCAUGGAAUUAGUGCAGAGACACGUGAACGUGAAUGAAUGGCACUCGCCAUGGAC